AUGUUUACAGUGCUCGCGAUAAACGCAACCAUACUGCUUGGAAUUGCGGGAAUCGUCCUGCUCACGACAGAGACCAGAAAGCGACACGAAGAACAGCAGUACAGUGUCCGCGCAGAAGGCAACGGCAGCCUGGUUGUGCUGACGACCGCAGGCCUCGUUCAGGGUGUCGAGAUCACAGCGCAUGGAAGGACUUUGCACGCCUUUUACGGCAUACCUUACGCCGACCCUCCCGUCGGAGAGCUGCGUUUUCUGCAUCCUGUGCGAAGGACGCCCUCCAAAAAUGUCACAAUAGCAACCGAGAUGAGGCCCGCCUGUCCGCAGGAGUCCUACUGGUUCAACACGGAGUACGUUAACGCCUCGAGCUUCGACGAAGACUGUCUCCAUCUGAACUUGUGGACGCCCAGUGUCCGCGCAAACGACACACUGCGACCCGUUGUCGUGUAUCUUCACGGCGGGGGCUUCCAAAACGGCGGCAACAACCUUCGCAUCUACGACGGUAGCCACUUCUCCGCGCUGGGCGACGUCGUGGUCGUGGUGCCCAAUUACAGGGUCAAUGUGUUCGGCUUCUUGUACGUCGGUACGUCAGACGCCCCCGGUAACCAAGGCCUGUGGGACCAACGCCUCGCGCUGCUCUGGGUGCGGGACAACGCGCGCGCUUUCGGCGGGGACCCAGAGCGCGUGACGCUGAUGGGACAGAGCGCUGGAUCGAUCUCCGUCGGCUAUCACGUCCUGUCACCGCUCACGCGACACCUAUUUCAGCGAGCCAUUAUGCAGAGUGGUACGCCCUUCUACAAGGUAGAAGAGAACCAAAUCACGGGACCGGAGAAGGCGAGGCGAAUGGCGGCCAGGCUCUGUGGACCACAUCUCCUGCGAAGGCCCAUGGGGCACGUGGUUGAAUGCCUCAGGAACCAGACGACUCAGAAGCUCCUGGGUGCCGUCAAGAUGGUGCUGGGGCUCAAGGCGUCGUCCUUUAUACCUGUUUCCGGGGACGACCUGCUGCCCAAGGACCCGCUCGCAACCAUGGCUAACGGCAGUGCGCCUCCGGUGGACCUGCUGAUAGGUGUGAACGAGAACGAGGGCACGUACUUCCUGUACAAGCUGUACCAAACCAUGGGUAUCACCGACCCUUUCGUCAUGAGCAACAGGCAGCACGUGACCAUCGUGAAGCUCCUUGUCAACUAUGCCCUAUGGGAGGCACCCGAGGACCUCAUCGAGGGUCUACUGGCCAACGUUAAAGAUGGCACGUCAACGCCAGACAUAGUUCGACACUUGGCCGAUGGGAUCGGGGACGUGGCCAUGCGAUGCCCGACGCAGUACUUCUCGGAGUUCGUGCUGCGCCAGCGGGGCUCGCACCUCUACCACUACGUGUACUCCUACCGGCCGCUCAAGGCCAGCUUCUGGCCACCCUGGAUGGGCGUCACGCACUUCGACGAGUUCCCUUUCGUCUGGGGAUACGUGUUCGACCGGCCCGAGCUAGCAACGCCGCGUGACACAGAUUUCAGCCAGCUGCUGAUCGGCCUCUGGAGCUCGUUCGUUCACAAUCGCACCAUGGAGACGGGGAAGACGUUAUGGCCGCCGAACGAGCGGCAGCUGGCCACGACCCUUCGGCUCGUGGAGCAACCCCUGGUUCAGAGUGCUGGCUCGACGCAAACGUGCACCUUGCUACGCAAGUACAUCGUACCUUACAGGAUGAACAACCCGGCGAACGCUGAAGCCUAGUGACGCGCACCGGCGCGGCGACGGCAAAUGUACGCAGGGCGUGACCUGCGGGCGGCCCGUGGCC